AUGGCGGAGGUCCUUCACUCCGAGGAUGGCAGCAAAUUGGAAGUUGGAACUCGUACUCCCAAGUUGGAGAACGAGAUCAAUGGCGAAGAGGUGGAAUACUUGAACGUAGCUGGUCCGCUCUUACCAUUGCUUGCCCAGCAGGGCCCUCAGGAGGGUAAAGAAAAGGGUGAGGUUUUGUGGGUAGCAGAAUUCCAGCGCGCCACGGAGUAUCUCAAUCUGCUGUAUGACUUGGCGAUCUCUUCCGUGCUUUCUGUCUUUGGUAACAACCACCACAUCCUGAACGGAGCGUCCAUCGCGGCUUAUUUCUCGUAUUUUCUCAUCAUCUGGUGGGUAUGGGCCAGUCAAGUGGUCUACGACAGCCGCUUUCAAGCCAAUGAUUGGAUACAUCGACUGUUCAAGUUUCUUCAGCUUGGCGCCUUCACUUACAUCGGCGUCUUUGCUCAAAACUUUGACCCGUCGAAUGUCAUUGCGCCGCCAGAUUCCUCAUCGUCCAGUUCAAUCGCACAAUACCAGAGCGCAAAGGCCUGGAAAGGGGCAGCUAUCGCGUAUGCUCUCAGCCGACUUCUUCUUUCUUUCCAGUACUUUUAUGUUGCCCUCAUCACACAAGCACCUGAGCGUCGGAAACGGUGGGAUUCAUUUGUCAUCCCUAUCGUCACCACUCUGUUGUCUGCCACGUUUUGGCUUAUAUCAGGGCUCCUGACCUUGAGCAGCGCCGCCAAACUAGUACUUGGAUACGGCGGUCUGGUCAUCGAAGUCGUCGUUACAAUCGCUGCAUCAACUCGUGAAAGUGCUAUUGCACCUUCAUCCGGCAUGCUCGGAGGCCGAUUCGCCGACUUGACAUUGGUUAUUCUUGCUGAAGGUGUUCUCAGCAUUGUUACUACCUUAGCCGAGGUGGUGUCUGGAUUCGGCUUGAACUCUGGAGGAUCUAAGCUGAAUGGAUAUUCAGAAUGCAUUAGCUCACUCGUUGUUGUCUUCGGCACCUGGCAUUUCAUAUUUCACGCAUUCGACCACGAACAACGGUUCCGAAACCGACGGACGAGUCUUGUUUGGGCCUUUCUGCACUUGCCCCUUCAUUUCGUCAUUUUGCUGCUAUUGUUAUCUUUAAACGGGGUGGCAGUUUAUGGGAACAUUGACGGUGGUGUUACCGUACUCACCAAUGAUUUCGUUCAAUUUCUCGACCAAGUCGGUCUAGUGUCGACAUCAUCUCUCGACGGACUACUUACCAAUAACGUACUGCUCCAAUUCAACAAGCUGGGGUUGUCUCCACCAGUGAAGGAUGAGCUGGACAGGGUCAAUCAACAAGCCAUCAACUUGGAUUUCUACAUCAAUACGACUGGUGUGCCACCCCCUGCGUUUGAUCCAUUUGUGGAGCAGUUGACAUACUUCUCCUAUGUAAUGUGGACUGCCGCCCAGAGUUACAGUAUAAACCUUGGACCAAAUACCACCGAUCUCUAUAACCAGCUGUCUGCAACGAGUUCGGACUGGAAUGGGACCGAUCAAGACAUGGUCAAUUUGGAAACUUCCACGAACACCACAUACAUGCAAUUCUGCUUUUCUUACACGGUCGAUAUAGCUGCCCCGGCGCAGUUAUUCUUACCGUCCGCGGGAGCGCUCAUAAUUCUGGCGGCGCUGCUCACCGUUUUUCGAACCUACGGCAUCCCUGACGAAGAAGAGAAAACAUCUCAGUUGUGGGAUGUAAGCGGUCAGAUCCGGAGCAUCGGAAGAGCGGACAUCAUCCCUAUCUAUCCCAAGUUGGCAAGAGCGCCACGCAAGUGGCAGGUUGUUGUUGCCGUAUGGGACUGGCUGCCGUUCACCUUACACAUGAUCGUCGGGAUUGUGCUCUGCGUCCUGGCGGCCUUGGACAUCCCCCUAAACUUGCUGAGCAGCCCAAUAGAUAGCUUGCUCAAUGUGGGAUGGGUCUUACCCCUGGUCGCCAUCAGUUACGGAGGCCUAAUGGUUCUGGACUGCAUCGUGCUUGUGCUUGCUCGUAAAGCUCGUGGAGGGAGAUUCAUACACAGGAUCCACGAAAAGGAAGAAUAA